AUGGCCGACGAUCUCAUACUCAUCUAUACCGCUCGGCGCUUUAUCACAGCAUCAUUUCCCGAAUUUAGCACCUGCUUGGAUCUGGAAUCACGCCCAUCAUGGAAUGCCCCCGACAACACCUUGCUUCUGGAAGCAUUUGAAUGGCACGUACCAGACGACACAUGCCACUGGCGACGUCUGCAGCAUGCUCUGCCGGGGUUGAAAGAGAUCGGGAUCGAUAAUAUCUGGAUUCCGCCGGGCUGCAAAGCUAUGAACCCCUCGGGCAGUGGUUACGAUAUAUAUGACCUGUAUGAUCUCGGUGAGUUCGAUCAGAAAGGAUCACGAACCACCAAAUGGGGCUCUCGGAGGGAGCUCGAAAACCUCGUGGAAGAAGCAAAGUCGCUGGGCGUUGGUGUGUACUGGGAUGCGGUGCUCAAUCAUAAAGCCGGGGCGGAUUAUCCCGAACGGUUCCAGGCUGUUAAAGUAGAUCCUAAUCGACGGAAUGUCGAGAUAUCCAAGCCCACUGAAAUUGAGGGCUGGGUCGGGUUCGACUUCGCUGGCCGCGGCGACCAGUACAGCUCGAUGAAAUAUAAUUGGCAGCAUUUCAAUGGUGUGGACUGGGACGAAUCGCGAAGAGAAAAUGCCAUCUUCAAGAUCCAUGCGCCAGGCAAGGAUUGGGCCCAAGACGUUGGCAAGGACAAUGGCAACUACGAUUAUUUGAUGUUCGCCAAUCUGGACUACUCCAAUCCAGAGGUUCGGGAAGACGUCUUACAUUGGGGAAGCUGGAUAACGAAUGAACUAUCUCUGAGUGGCAUGCGACUGGACGCCGCGAAGCAUUUUUCUGCUGGAUUUCAGAAGGAGUUUAUUGAACAUGUUCGCAAGACUGCUAACAAGGAUCUGUUUGUCAUUGGUGAAUACUGGUCAGGAGAAUUGAAAGAUCUCCUGAGAUAUCUUCAGCAGAUGGAUCAUUCGGUGACAGCGGUUGAUGUGCCUCUCGUUGUGAACCUGUGCAGGACAUCGUACACGAAGGGAGGCGAUCUUCGCAAGAUAUUCAAGGGUACUUUGGUGCAAAGCAAACCAGAGAACGCUUUGAACCCAGUUGCACAAUACUUCAAACCGCUGGCAUAUGCCUUGGUGCUUCUGCGUAAAGAUGGACAUCCGUGCGUCUUCUACGGAGACCUCUAUGGUACUCGGGGAGAAAAGCCAUUGAAGCGAGCCUGCAAGGGCAAACUCCCGAUUCUCACGCGGGCUCGCAAGCUCUACGCCUAUGGAGAACAGCAGGAUUACUUUGAACAAGCCAACUGUAUAGGAUUUGUCCGUUACGGAAACGCGCGCCACCCUUCCGGGAUGGCCUGCAUUAUGAGCAACGGCGCGGCAGCAGAAAAGCGCAUGUACGUCGGACCGACGCACGCCAAUGAAGAGUGGACAGAUAUCAUGCUGGGCCACGAGGGCGUUGUCACCAUCGAUGCGUCAGGGUAUGGGGUAUUCCCCGUGAAUGGCAUGAGUGUCAGUGUCUGGGUCAGCUCAACGGCACCUGGCCGAAACAGUCUCCAACAACCGUUGUAA